AUGAAAGAUACAUGGAAACAUCAAAAUCUAGCCGAUGCAUAUAGGAAGAAUGUUUUGCGCUUACAUGGUGUGCCAAAGGACAUUGUGUCCGAUAGAGAUAGUAGAUUCUUAUCUAAUUUUUGGCAGAAGCAUCAAGAAGCCUUAGGGACACAGUUGAAAAUGAGUACAUCAUUUCAUCCUGCUACUGAUGGUCAGACAGAGCGCACUAUCCAAACACUCGAGGACAUGUUGAGGGCAUGGGCCUUAGAAUUUCAAGGCUCGUGGGAAGAUAGACUGGACUUGUCUCAGUUUGAAGUCGGUGAGAAAGUACUCUUGAAAGUUUCUCCUAUAAAGGGAGUAAUGCGAUUCGGGAUGAAGGGAAAGUUAAGCCCUAAAUUCAUCGGACCAUAUGAGAUCCUAGAAAGAAUAGGUGAAGUUGCUUAUAGAUUGGCAUUACCUCCAGAGAUAGCUCGAGUUCACAACGUUUUCCAUAUUUCUCAACUUCGUCGCUCCAUUAGUGACCCCUCACAUGUACUCACACCUGAUGACUUGCAACUAGAAGAUAACCUUUCAUAUGUUGAGGUCCCUAUGAAAAUUCUUGAUAGUAAAGUUCGAGCAACUCGGAAGGGAGAAGUUAAACUGGUGAAAGUAUUGUGGUCGAACCACAAGAACGAUGAACUUAGUUGGGAAUCCGAGGAUGCGAUGCGAGCUCAAUAUCCCCACCUAUUUCAAUAG